CUACACCUUCUGCAUUAAACUAAAUAAGAAUAGCAUUUCAGUUAUUCAUUUCGCCGGAGCGUAUCAGUAAACCAGUGGACUGCAUAAAGAGUCGGAAUGAAUUCUUUUACAGUUGCACUGCGGAACUCCACCUGAUUAUAUCAAUGGAUAAGUGAAGAUCAACGUUACAAUGAGGACAUUAAACUUUGCAAAGGAUUGUCAUUAGACAGCGAAGAUUAUGGUUGGCCUAUAUAGCGUGAAACCAUCACUUACAGAAAACUGAGCUUAUAUCUGAAAUAUCUCUUGAUUAUUAAUGUUGGAGCAAAAGAGGAACUGUACUUCAAAGACUCCGAAGGAUUCAUAAUAUUUAGAAGAAUGGUCUGAAUGAUUUUUGGUGGAAAUGGAAUUGGUAGGAAUACGCAUUACUUUAGUGUUCUUUUGGAUGACGUCUUUUGCUAGGAUAUCAUACCAAGCAGAAAAUGUUCUCUAUCCAUUUGGGCCAGCUGAGGGGGAUACGAAGCUUCCAAGCAACGAUGAUGGCGAUUCUGGAAAAAUCAAACUCGAUUUGAAAUUUCCAUAUUUUGAUGAAGAUCACGCCUCGUUAAUAGUCAACACGAACGGCAUCAUCUCGUUUAUCAAGAACGUCUCCCAGUACACACCCGACGUCUUCCCCCUCGACGACGACCGCCGUAUCAUCGCUCCUUAUUGGGCCGACGUCGACACGUCAGGCCCCCGUGGUGAAAAUGGCAAGGUCUGGUACCGUCAGACUACGAACGACACGUCAUUCUUGCAGAACCUCACGGAUCAGAUCGGGAGCAUCUUCCGAGUGGAGUUCAGGUUUCGCCCUUUUGUUGCUCAGUUCGCCUUUGUGGCCACAUGGGAGAACGUUACAUUUUAUUCCAUCAGCGGCGGCGCUGCUUCAAAGACCAAUACAUUUCAGGCCGUGCUGGUGUCUGAUGGCGACUAUUCUUUUACAAUAUUCAACUACGAGAAACUCGAGUGGACAACUGGGAGCUCGAGCUUCGGUGAUAAAGGGACAGGGCUCGCUGGAAACAGUUCGGUAGCAGUAGCAGCGCAGGUUGGUUUCAAUGCCGGUGAUGGAAGUAACUACUAUUCGGUACCCGGAUCCAGAACCGAUGCGAUCCUUGAGAUAAGUCAUACCAGUAACAUCCUGGUUCCAGGUAGAUGGGUCUUCAGAAUCGACGGCAAGUCGGUAGAGGCUGGAGGAUGCAGGGAAGAUACAGCAAAUGCGGCUCAACUUCAGAUCUCCCCUCAACAAGUGAGCAUGCUCGGGGGCGACGUCCUAUCGAUAUCAGGACCCUGCUUCAAGAGCACGAACAUCAUCCUAUGCCGCAUAGAAGACGUGGUGAUAGAGGCCAUUUACGAUCCCGAAACGGACCCGUUCACUGUUAGAUGCCCAUCCCCUAUGUUUAUGCGAGUGGGACCAUCUGAAGUGAUGUUGUCCAGGGAUGGCGGUGGGUCCUACAACUACACUGGACAGGUCUCAGUAGUCGGUCUUGACAGGAUCGAUCCAGCUAUUAGAUCACAUCAGAUGGUUGAUGACAUCAUCAGCUUGACAUGGAACACCGACGGGUUCCCCAGUCCCGACUCCAGGGCUCAAGACAUCUAUAUCGACCUUCUUCUGUACUUUUAUAAGGAAGAUACGGCAACGGGACUCGUGCAACUAGCUCCGGCGCGCCGAGGUGCCAUCCGAAAAAACACCAGACUUGACAAUGCUCAGAUGCUCUUGUCGACAAUGGAAAUAUCUGAUGUAGCAAGUGAAAGAGGAAGUGACGUCAGCGUGGGCAUUUUCCGCAUCACCGAAGCGAAUGAAGUAAAUCUCAACAUGUCAAAUAGAUGGGUUGAUGGGAACCUGGAUAACAUGAAUAUGGAAUCCCCUAUAGCCGCCAUGUGGUCGUUGCCUUUUAACCUCAACCCGGAUUCCAGCACGUCGGAAGUAAGCUGGUGCAGUAAAUGGGCGUCCGACCAAAUCCCUCCGUCUGCCGACAACGCCCCACCUUGCCCCUGUCUACUUCAGCAGGCUCUGGCAGAUAUCGGCGGGUUCGAAGACUACCCGUGGUGCGAUCAUCGCCUCCAUGACGAGUGUCUCUACCGUUGGGAAGCCAAGCACUGUGUUAGAGCUAGAAUAGCGAGCUCUCGCGGAUAUGGCCAGCUCUGCUGCUAUGGUUUCGAUGGCAACAUCCUACACCUCAACGACACUUCUGCUGGUGGAUACACACAGAAGCAUCACCACCGCGGCUUCCUUCCUCCCAAAUUCCCCGGGAACAUCCCGUACCUCUCCAACUACCUCUGGGAUCGCAUCCCCUGGGAGGAAUGCUGCGGGAAGACGCGGGGUGGGACCGCAGAGGAGAGGGGACGAUGUGACCUCUUCAGGGGGAAGCGACCGUCGAGUUACUGCAAGGAUUAUAGGGCGCCCGCUGUUGGGGCUGUGUUCGGCGAGCCUCAUUUCAUCACAUUCGAUGGUAAGGACUACAUCUUCAAUGGUCAUGGAGAGUACACGUUGGUCAUGACCGAUGAUUCCCCGCCACCAGAGGGUCGAAUCCAGGUUCAUGGUCGGCUGCAACAAUUAGACGAGUAUGUUCGUGCUACUGGGUUGACGGCUGUUGCCGCCGGAAGUGAUACCUCUUCCACAGUUCAUGUGGAGCUGAAUGACAGAAGAGAAAUGGAUGCGUGGAUCAGGGCGGAUGGAAGUGACGAGAGCUGGAACAACAUCAACUUCAUCAGGAGCAAUUUCUGGAUGGAUGAUGGUGUUACCAUCGAGUUAGGUUUCACGGAAGACAAUCGCAAGCUCUUAUGGGUCACUUUCGACCAGGGAAUCGCCAUCAUGCUGGAAAAGCCCCUCGGCAGCACUGCGAUGUCGGUACGGAUCUACAUACCUUCCACCCUAAAGGAAAGGGUCAUUGGUCUCUUGGGAACCUGGAACGAUGACGCAACCGACGACUUCACGAUCCCGUCCGGUCGGUCUAUCUCCGGCAACUCACCGGAGAAUCUUCAUCACUUUUUUGGCCAGGAAUGGAACGUCGAUCCCUCGGAAUCGCUUUUCCGAUACGAUGUCGGUCUCAACCACUCCCUGAUCAACCACGAGGACUACGAACCCCACUUCGACUUCGUACAGUUCGUCACUGAUGAGGAGCUCGAUGAUGUCUGCGGAGACAAUAGAUUCUGUCUUUAUGAUUACAUUAAGACAAACGAUCCAAACAUGGGAGAGGCAGCAGACAUUGCUCACAAUAUGUGGGAACGGACGCGAAAUCAUACAACGAACGUCGUGAGUUGUGGCUAUCUUCCUCCGCCUGGUAACGGUAGCAAGGUGGGCGUGGUUUAUCUGGCAGGUUCCGUGGUAACGAUGACGUGUAACAAAGGCUUUGAUAUGAUUGGCACAGUGGAAUGGCUCUGCCGUCCUAUCGGUAGCUGGUCUGGCAAUGAGACUUCUACAUGUGUCGAGAGCAAAGAUACCCGGAUGUGGUUGAUUCUAUACAUCGUAAUGGCUAUUGUGGCGUUCCUUAUCCUUAUUUCAUGUUGUCUCAUCUGCUUCGUGUGUAUUCUGAGAAGGCGUAAAGACAAAGAACAUGAUAAAGAAAGGGAGAGAUCUAAAUCAAACGCCGGCUUGUCCGUUGCCUACCAAAACGGGGGUUACACCCCUGAUGGGGGAAUUACGAAAAUAAAUGGCACCACGCCCACUUCGAACGGAAUUAGCAACGGCAACGGGGCAUCGCAUCAUAUUGCAAUGGAAGAAGAGACCGACGGAGACGUGGAUAAUGGCCAACCGACCAAUGCGCGUGCAGCAAAUGGACACACUGCAAAUGGGCACGCGGCAACCAAUGGGCACGCGGCAACCAAUGGACACACCACCAAUGGGCAUACAUCAGCCAGUAGCUCGCGUGGGCACGCAGAAGCCCCUCCCUCACAAAAUAAUGAAACAUUGGAUAGUACAUUGGAUUCGGCUGCUGGCGGAGCUGGGGGUGGGUCAGUAUCCAGUAGCAACGUUAGCAGCCCGAGGAGACCAGCCCAGGUUUCGACGAGUCACCGUGAUCAGCCGUCAACCUCCAGUGAUUCUGCUAGUAAUUACAAGGGUGGAGCUCCGCCCAUUGAAAAGAAACUGAAGAAGAAGGCAAAGGAGAAUCCUUAUGACGCAUUACCUGCCAGUUUAAAAUCUAAAUUGAACAAUCCAGAUUAUGAGACGUUAUCAAAAUAUAGGAAGGAGAUUCCCGCUCUUAUGGAGGACCAUCAUAGUGAUGAAAGUGAAGAUGAGAUUGCGGUUAUCAAAGCACAAAUCAAGAGAGACAUGGCAAGAGACAAAGAUGGACGACGCUAAUUGAACCAAGCAUUUCGUUCAAUGUCGAAUUCCUUCAUCUCAUCCCGAACGGGAAAUGGUACAAAAUAUAAAACCGAUUUGUUAAUGGGAUCGCGCCAAUAUCAGAACAGCAAUAGUGUAUGAUAUUGAAUAAUGCGAUAUCUACAUGUAUUUGUUUUGACUAUAUAAUAGUAGGCCUAUAAUAUAUGACAAGUAUGGUGAUGUCUUUCAUUGAAAUAAUGAAGUUCUCUCGAUUUUAACUUAAUUUGUAAAUAUUGGUAAUCGAAAUUACGAAAGUUGAGUCAAUAUAUUCCAAAUGCAUUAGGCCUAUACUCUUUCAUGCAUAUGGAAAGAAUAUGCAUAUUCUUUAUAAUGCGGUUUAUGGGUAUAAUGGCAUAUAGGGAAGUUAUUCCAUCCUAUAUGUCAAAAAAAUCGACUAUUAAUAUGUCUUUCAAGGUAUUAAUACCUAUUUUAUAAGAUCUGUUUUAAUAUUUUUGUGGUAUUACUAUUCAUGAGUUUCUUUUUUACGAUUCCUACAUUUGAUUUAUAUAUGAAAACAAAAUCAAUGUAGUCUAAUUAAUCGAAAUUCUUGUGAGAAAACAUAUAUUUUUUAAAAUAAAAAUCUGUAUGGUGUAAUGUAAUGAUUAUAAUUUUGACAAUGCGGAAUUAGAGAUAUAGUUUAUCAGUACAAAUAUGUGAAAUAGUUUAUAAAAGAUAUAUGAAAUAGUUUAUCAAAACCAAGUCAAUGUUUGAGAAAUUAACUGAUCACUCAACGUCACAUCUAAUGUUCUGGAUUUUUUUCCCUUCCCGAUUCUUUUUAGAGUGUAAAUAUUUGACUAUGGAGGAAAAUAUUAAUGUGCAAUAAACAUUUGAAUAAAUUGGUAAUGAAUAUUAUUUUGUACGAAUAUAUAAAUGACUGAAAUAAAAAAAAAAGUUUAAUACUAGGAUCGUAAGUAGUAGAUUUCAGUUUGAGACAUGUCGACGUAGAUAAUCAACAUUAGCCCUUCGUUAGGAAAUUAGAGAAAUAAAGCAUGCAGCUCACUUUUGAAAAUAAUUUAAGUUAUAGAUAACUCAUACAUGUCAUAUAUACAUUGUGUAAUAAUGAUAAGGAUAGGUGGAAAUGAAUUCAUGAAUAUGCAUUUAAUAAUGAAAGCUACAUGUAUACUUUUUGACGGUUUAUUCCCAAAUCGUCUAAUGCCAAUUCGUCCAAUUGCCAACUCGUCUACUAUUUCUACCAUCAGUUCGUCCACUAUCCACAUUGUCUAACUGCCAAUUCGUUCACUCACAAUUUUGUCUAAUUACCAGUUGGUCCAAUAGCCAUUUAGUCCAUAUACCAUUUGGUCUAUGGUUGGACUAAGUGUUAAUUGUGCAAGAUGAAAAUAAAAUUGAAAUGGAUAUUAGACCAACUGGUUAUGAGACGAAAGGUCGUAGACGAAAUGGUGAUUAGACGAAGUGAUGAUUGGACCAAAUGGUUAUUGGACCAAAUAGUUGUUAGACGAACUAUUGAUGGACAAAUGGCAUUAGACUAAAUAAAUGCAGACAAUGUUGUGAGUGGACGAGUCGGCAGUAGGCGAAUUGGCAAUUUACCCUUUUUGACAUAUAGCACUACUACUACUACAGGCCACGGUAGGCCAAAGUUGUUGGAAAAACUAUUCAAAACGCUUGAGAUUGAUUACAUCGCCUUCUUCUGUUUCUGACAUCAUUUCUUAAAUGCUCCGGGUUGAAAAUAUUUAUAUCUAAUUAAAUAAGAGUAAAAUUCACAGAGCAAAAUGCUGAAAAUUUCAUCAAAAUCGGAUAACACAUAACAAAGUUAUUGAAUUUUGAAGUUGAGAAAUAUUUUGUAAGAAUAGUUAAAUGUACAUCACUAUGAAUAUUCAUUAUGUGGGCUGAUCAUGUCACAUCUCGACUUUCCUUUUUCUUAAUUUAUUACAUGAAAUCAUAAUUGUUUAAUAUUUUUAUACAUGUGUUAAUAACAUCUCUCUCUUAUAAUGAAUUAAGUUGCAGCAAUGAAUAUCUAAUGUAUUAAAUCAGUUGUCGAUCCAAUUUUUCAGUUUUUGAUAGAAAAAAAUGAAUAACCUAAUUUCAUAUAAUAAAAUAAAAAAAUUGGGGAUAUUACAUCAUCAAUUUGCUCAUUGAAUAAUAACGAAGACAUGAACUGUUUCAUCGGAAUAAUGUAAAUCUUUAAAAUGCCAUAACUUUGUUAUUCCUUGUCCGAUUUUGAUCAUAUUUUCAGUGUUUUCUUUGUCUGAUUUUCUUUAUCUGUUUAAAUCAUAGUAUUUUCAACCCGGAGCAUCCCUUUAAUUAUUUCUUGUCUCCCUCCUACUUUCCCCGACCCCUUUUUCACAAUGUGGAGGGCCGGUCCCCACCCCCUCUGUGGCUCCGCCCCUAACUGCUAUAUGUAUACAGUGAUAGAUUUUCCUUAUGUCUUAAAAUUGAGAGUGAAAAUAUUUUUGAAUAAGCAAAAACUACAUCUUUUUACAGGGUAUUAUGAAUGUCAGAUCAUGUACAUGUAUACACUUAUUUCUUUGAGUCAAGUUUGACUCUCACUAGUGCCAGUAGGGAGUCAAAUCUAAUCCUAUUUAAAUUGAGUCAGAUUUCAAAUGAAUUUAACUCGAGUGGUGUGGCAUCAGCUGAAUAAUCACUCAAUUUUUUGUCAACAUUUGACUAAAAAACAAGUCACUUUGACUCGAAACAGUGUUGACUCCCACAGCUGGCAAAAUUCCUAGUCAAAUUUGACUCCACAGAAAUAAGAGUGUUUACACUAAUUCUAGUUAAAAUUUGUACUAGAAAAUCAGCACUCAAAGUGCAGUCACUAUAUACAAACACAUAAAGUGCUAAAUUAGCACUUCAUUUUUAGAGUGUAUACUGUAAAUAAUUUAAUAGCCUAGAUUUGAAGUAAUCCACAAUCACUCCAUCUAUCCUAGGAUUUAGACUUAUAGUGAAAGAAAGAUAGCAAAUAAGGGCGAAUCUCAAUGAUCUUUCAAAGUUUAAUUUUAUACCAAUUAUGAAUUUUAAUAGGCCUACAUUUUCUUGUAUAGGGCCUACAUGCAACUUACAAUCGGUAUUAAACCAUCUAGGAAAUUUGGAAUGAAUUGUGUAUUAAUUUCUUGUCAACUACAUGAUAAAAUUGUAUUAAAAUAAUAAUUAAGAC